CGUACAGUUCUAGCUUUUGACGACGACCAUGGCACUGAGUUUUAUAGGAAAACCAAUUUCUCUCAUAUCCCAUUCUGAUGUACGGUAUCGAGGAAUACUGGCGGGCAUUGACCCCGCUGCCUCCACGAUCCAACUCUCAAAUGUGUUCUCCAUGGGUACAGAAUCGAGAAGGCCACCUUCAGAAUUCAUUCCUCCCGUCCAAGAACCAUACCAAUACAUAAUUUUCCGCGCGUCUGAGGUCAAAGAUCUCGCAGUCGAUGAACCAACUCCCCUUCGUAGUGUUCAUGAUGAUCCCGCGGUGCUUGGGGCGUCUGCUCCCGGAACUCAACCCCCGUACGGUGCAUACGGUCCUCAGUACCAGCAGCCUGGCGUGGCCCAACCGCAACCGCCACAAGCUCAGGCUCCCGUUUAUCCUCAGCCUGUGCCUGCGCAAGAUGCGCCAGCUCCCCCGAUGAUCCCUGUUGUGCAAACGAAUGACGCACCAGGUCCUAGCACUGGCCCGAGCCGUGUCAAUUCGGUGCACACCGCUGCCGCUUCAAUGGAGACAGUUCAACGUGCUUUAGGAGACUUGCGUGGAUCCGGCAAUACUGCGCCCCCACACGGAGGUCGUGGUGGCCGACGUGGUCAUCACGGCCAUGGUGGAGAGACAAAAGAUAUCAAGGUGCCUGCGACGGAUUUCGAUUUCCAGAGCUCGAACGCUCGGUUCGACAAGACGGCAGUUGCACCAAAGAAGAAGGAUGGCGAUGAUGAGAAUGGCACUCCCUCCGACCGUGACUCGCCAACAGACAAACAAGAUGAGAAGGACGAUCCGGCCUAUAACCCAACAAAAUCAUUUUUCGAUUCUCUAUCGUCUUCAACACAGGCUGGUUCGCCACCAACACGAGGCACCGGUGGACGGCGAGGUGGUGGAGGCAGAAAUCGUCGGGAGGAAGAGAGAGAACGCAACGUUGCUACAUUUGGUGAACCUGGGGGUGUGGGAUUGAUGGGCCCAGGUGCUUAUGUCGGAGGUUGGGGUGGAUAUGGACGACGAGGGGGACGUCCAAGGGGGCGUGGUGCGCCUCCCGUUGGUGGCCGUUAGGUACUCUUAAUUCUUACUUGCAUCAGUCGUCUGUUCAUCUUUGCUAUUUCAGGCUAAUUACUUGUCGCCCAGUAGUAUGGCCAAUCGUGUUGGCAGCUAUGUACCCUCUAAAGAGAUUCGCACUUUUCACUGACACGUAGUGCGGCACACAUCCCGUUGCAGAAUGGGAGCUUUAUUUUCUUGUCCUAAAUUCAACUUGCUGUCGAAUGAACGUACCAGUCAACUCGAAAGUACG